AUGGACCAAUAUCAUUACGACGACGGACCCUCGUCUUCAUCGGCACCACCACCGCCCUACUCCAUCUCCGCCCCGGGCUCCGGCUCCUUCGCCGGCUCCUUUGACGGGCCCGCCUCGUCAUCCCUUCACCCACCUGCCCCGACAUCAAGCCACAGAGCCUCAGGCGCCACACCGGAGAAGACUUCCCACACCUCAUCCUCCGCCGGCGGCUUCCUCGAUUCGAAACGGCGCCUGGCCGAUCCUAGAUCGUCAUCGGCCCAGUCCCUUGCCCCAUCCCUCGAGGACCGUGACGGCGAUGCCCGCCGGACCUUGCUCAUCAUCUACAUUCAUGGCUUUUACGGCAACGAGUCGUCUUUCAGGUCCUUCCCGGCCCACAUUCACAACUUUCUAAAAGACACUCUCGUCGAGAGCCAUGUCAUUCACUCAAAGAUCUAUCCCCGCUACAAAACUUACAAGGCCAUCGAUGUUGCUCGUGAUAACUUCAGCCAGUGGCUCGAGCCGCAUGAGUCGGACAAAACUGAUGUCAUCCUUGUCGGCCACUCCAUGGGCGGCAUCCUUGCCGGCGAGGUCGCUCUCAUGCCAAAUCGGCAUCCAUAUAGGCGCCAGCCUUUCAAACACCGUAUACUCGGCACCAUCUCACUCGAUUCGCCUUUUCUUGGACUUCAUCCAGGCAUCGUUGUUGCUGGCAUUGCCAGCUUGUUCAGACCAGCCUCGCCGCCGCCGGAAGAGGUCGAUAACCAGCUAGAUGCGUCAAAUGCCCACCUCAGUCCAGGUACUUCAGCCAUGAACAGUCCCAAUCCGUCCAUGCCAAGUUUGGAAUCAACCCCUUCCCUCGACUCGCAGCUUUCUCCUCAAGGAAGCAACGCACCGUCUAUCGCUUCUUCCAGUGGUCCGCCGCAAAGCUCUGACCCGUGGUUCAACCCUCCCUUCUGGAACGACGCCAAGUUCAAAGACCGCCCAUUUAUGAGGCGGAUAGGCCACUUCGCCAAAAAGCAUAGAGCCGAGGGCGUGUGGGAUCCCAUCAAGAACCACCUCAUGUCCCAUCUCGAGUACGGUGGUUGUCUUGCAGACUACAAGGGCUUGAACCAGCGAUACAACAGGCUCCGCGCUUUGGAGGAUAUCGAUCCGCUGCAACAUCUCAAACAGAACAACGGCCAGGGCGCGAACGCAAACCAGCUGCCGCCGUCAGCCAGGGUUCGGUUCAUAAACUACUAUACCCUUAGCUCGGGUAGACCCAAGAAGCCCAAGUCGCCAAAGACGCCAGACUCGCCGAGAUCUCCGGAUCAUGACAUUGCGGGACAGAUGAGCACCCUUGACGUCAAUUCCCAGCUCUCACCACACGGGUCAUCGACACCCAGGAUAUCUGUCGAUAGCUCUGAUGGCGAGCAUUUUGAGAUUAUCAGCUCUAUCGAAGCCGUGGACAGGAAACUAUCAACUCUUCACGAGGAACAGCAGAAACAGUCCAAGAACAAGACGGAUGAUAGCACGGCGGAAAAGAAACCCGGAUCAAAAGGCAAAGAAAAGGAGGUUCCCGAUGAGCAGGCACCCAAGGGCAAGCAAAAGGAGGCAGCCGAUCGAGAGGAAACCGGGGAGCCUUCCAAAGUAGAAGAGAACGAGCCGAUUUCCGGCCAGGCGACACCGGCGGAACCUGUCCAGCCUGAGACGCCAGCAGACUUUGACCUUCCUCCCAUCCCCGACCUCCCUCCACAGCCAACACCACCAGACCUCGACAAGUACACGGAUAAGGACGCCCGCAAGCAAGCCGAAAAGGAGGGCAAGCGCGCGCAGAAGGCCUAUGACCAAGCAGUCAAGAGCCGCGAGAAGGCCAUCAAGGAGCGCCAGAAGCUCGUCGAGAAGCGCCGUAAGAAGGCGGAAAAGGAAGCCCAGAAAGAGGCCCAGCGGGUCGAGAAGGAGGAGCAGAAGAGGCGGCAGCAGGAGGAGCUUGGCCAGGCCAAGUCCCGUGAGGACGCGCUGAGGGCCGUGGAGGCAGCACAGCGACGGGCAGAGGCGGCACAGCGGGAGCUAGAGGCCGCGCAGAGACAAGUGGAGGCGACGCAGAGAGAGACCGACGCCGCGAGGAGACAGCAACCGGCGGUGAAGCCUGAAGCCGCGGAACAGCAACAGAAGGCGGUUGAGAUGUCUGACUCGGAGUCCGAGCCGGAGUCGCCCACCGGUUCCCUUACGCAGGUCGACCCAAGGCCGAUAUCACAAGACGGACCACAAACACCGUUAGCACCCCCGCCGCAACCGAGAGCACCCCCGCCGGCUCUGCCCCCUCGGAUGCCCUCGUCUUCGAGCACGGCCCAGACAGCCCCGGCAUCAUCGUCAGCAUCGCUCGCCCCGACACAAUCCAGGGAUUCAGGGACCUCCUCUCGCGGACCAGCGCCAGCCGGGGCAACCCCUCAACAACCCAAGAAGCAGCGCAAGUUCUGCAUGCUCCCAAGCAAGACAAACGGCCGUCGCGACGAGACGUGGGUACCCGUCUACAUGGAGGGCAUGGACGAGGUCGGCGCCCACUGUGGCCUCUUCGUCCCGGGCCCGCACUAUGAUAGGCUCAUUGGGGACAUGGGCGAGCGCAUCUUGGGGUGGGUGCAGGAAGACAUGACGGCGAGGGCCAUCUGGGAGAUGUCCUAG